CCGCCGGCAUCAGCCACUCUCUCCUCGCGGUCCACCAGGCGUUCGUCGAUCUCCGGGGGCGCCAGGGCGGGCGCGUCCCUCGACGUGUCAGCACGUGCCGCGGCACCAGCCGGCAAAUUGAGUGCGCGGAAGGCCCACAGCUCGAGGCCUCAAGCAGUGCCAUGCAGCAGGGCUCGAGUGAAGCAGUUUUUUCCGUCUUCGCUCAGCCCCAGUUCUGUCUUCGUGCCACAUCUGCUGCAGAACGGGAUCCAGACGAAAAGGGUCCACGAGAUUGCCACAACACCGUUUAGCUCGAGCCCUGCCAUGCAGCGCAACGGCAACUCGUGCGCCAGGAGCGCACAGGUGGCGGGAGCAGGGAGAAGCGCGGUGAGGAGCUCUGGAGUAGAUCCAUAGAACAAUAAGCGGAACAUGUGGGUCGCCAGGCGAUCGCCUUCAAGGGCCGAGACUCCAAAGUCGGCGCGGCCCUUGACGCGCUAGCAAACGCUGCAUUACCAAGACAAGCACCUACUGGAGACCAUACCUCCGGCCGAUAGCAACGCCUGGCACCGCUGUAUCUGACAAGCAAUGCAAUCGAAACAAGAAGGAUAUUGGCCCCUGUCCUGCACCAGAACGCGGAAGAGAUGGGAUCGUGAAGUGGAGAAGUGGGAGGAGAGGUCCUGCUGAGGACGAGGACGAGAGCAGGGAGAAAUAUUAACAUAUCAGUCGCAAGUUGUGACAGUCCAGCGAGAGAACAUAUCCAACUGGGGCUGGUGAAGAGGCCACGGGAACAAGCCAGCGAAGGCCUCAGUCAGAUCGGUGUGGCCGCCGAAAUAUGGACGGUGUCGUCUACGAGGUGGGCUCGACCCGCGUCGUCGACAUGCCUUCCAUCGGUGGCCCCCCCGGUGCGCCGCCGAGUCAAGACCUCCAGGGGCAAUCGCAAUCACCGCCUCUUGAGGCUGCAGUGACCUGACCGCAAAGUGAGCAACUCGAAAUAUCGGGCGGAGGGUAGGAUCGUAUGUUCUGCGUCAGGGCAAAGCAACAUGCUUGGACCCCCCUCCCUGGAGCGCGGAGUGCACCUGGGGCGGCGCCAAAGGCGCCGCCAGGGGUGUUCCAGCGUCGAUCCACCUCCCUUCCCAUAUCUCCUAGAUCCAUCUUAAAACAACGGCACGAGCAAUAACUUGCCGCAAUCCGCGCGGGAGUUCUUGGAUCGGCGACAUGAGUCACUGCGCCGCCAGAGAAGCCAUGAAAUGUGGCAGCGCGCGCGCAGCGAUGACUUUCGUUAGCUCGGGCAUCGCUCUGGGUCUCGCUGCUCCGUACCCUGGUGCCCUUAAAUGCGGAACACAGGAGGAGGAGGAGGAGGAGGAGGAGGAGGAGGAGGAGGAGGAGGAGGAGGGGGGGGGGCUGGGGCGAAGACCUCUCUUUGCGAGAUGCUCGAACCGCUAAACCUGGGGGACCAGGCAAGAGGCGAGGAAGUCCCGACUCGCUCGGCGGUCGGGCCCCCUGCGGCUGCAGAGGCCGGUGGGGAAGUCCUGGGCGCGCCAUCGAUCGGCGUGCAAGCGCGGCCGCGCGGACCUCCGAAAGUGUUGAGUGUGGGCUGCUGCACGAAGGAGGCGAAAAGGCGGUCCACCAGGCGCUCGUCUGUCUCUGGAGAGGCCAAGGCGGGCGCGUCCCUUGACGCGCAAGCGCGCGCGCGCACUACCAGCGGGUGUGCCCGCGGCAUGCCAUUCUUGAAAACCUAAAGGCGCUCGAGAGAGAUGUCCCAAGGCUAUUUC